AUGCUAAGUUGGGUACGCGAUAACCUCAAAGACCUAAAGCCGAAGGACUUUUACAAAGAACUUGGCUACUCACAUACUUCACGGAAACAAGCUGAGGAAAAAUUACGAGAGUUACUUACAGCAAUCAAGAAUGAGAACAAUAUUAUCAAUCGGAAAAAGGCGAUUUGCUUGUUAGAUAGUUUUGAAUCGUGGACGCAUUCAAUUGACUGUGAGAAGUACUGGUUGGAUGUGAAGGCUUCACUUGGCAGGUCAUCACACGAAGUGGCGGGACGAAUUUCAGCGUAUAAUACCAUCAAAAAUUUCACUAUAAAGAUCAACGAUGAGGAAGAAGCUCUAAAUGAAUUUCAACCGCCAUCAAAUGAUAAAUCUAAACCACAAACGUCAGAGAAUAAAAUAAUCAAAGAUCCCAAGAAUAAUCCGUUUUUUGUAAGAUCAAAUGAUAGCGAUGGAAGCUGGCGUCCUGAAUGUGAAGAUGAGGAAGAUAAAUUAGCUGAAUCUAACGGGGAGCUUUCAAAUUCGUUUUGUUCAUCGAAUUGCACGGAGAACUAUGAAAAAAGAAUCGAACUUGAGUUAAGACAUGCCGAAAGUACAAUACGUGCCGUAAAUGAAUCAGCAGAAGACGUUCGUUCCGUUUCAUCUUCUGAAACUAAGUUAUUAUUAAAACGUAAGAGACAAGAUGACGUGAAUUGUUUUGAUAAAGGAGCUGACAAACGAAACCGUUGCAAAAUUCCGAAAAAUAAGAUACGAACCACUAAUGGAACGGUAGUGGAAGAGUCCUCUUCCAAUUUCCUUAUGAACAUCUCCGAGACUUCUUUAACACAACUGUCUCAUGCCGAAUCCAAAGUAGUAAACGAAGAAAUCGGUAGCGAAAUAAAGUCUAUUGAUGAUGAACUUUCUCUCAAUUCCCCUAUGAACGUCUCCUCUGAGACUACUUUAACGCAACUAUCUUAUAAUGAAUCCCAAAUGGUAAACGAAAAAACCGAUAGCGAAACAAAGUCUAUUGAUGAUGGACUUUCUCCUAAUUCCCUUACGAGCGUCUCCUCCGAGACUUCUUUAGCGCAACUAUCUUAUACCGAAUCCCAAGUGUUAAACGAAGAAACCGAUAGCGAAAUAAAGUCUAUUGAUGAUGAAAUCUCUCCUAAUUCCCUUACGAACGUCUCCUCUGAGACUUUAUCGCAAAAUUCUUAUACAAACACUACCGAAGUUGAUUCAUCUUUGGAAUCGGCAAAAGAAGUAGGGGACAAAAGCAAACAAAAAUCAAAAUAUAUCAACCGCGACAUAGCUUCAGAGGCUCUGAAAGCAUAUCAGAUGAACGUUUUAGCGGGUAAAAAAUUGAUAUAUGAGGGAUUAGAUGUUUUAGAUUCGGCUCGAUCAAAUAUGAAUAUGAAAUCUAAAAUAGCGAAAAGCCCUAUCUGCAUUGGUGUUAUUAACAUUCAUAAUCCAGACUGCACCAAGUUUUUACCUGAAAAUUUUAAGUACUUUAUCGCAAAUCAGCUCCAAACUGAAGCUAGAGACAUUCAAUUUACUAAUGAACGAAAAAUUGAUAAUUUUACGGUUGAUUGCGAAGAGGAAGUGUUGCACUUCUUGGAGAAAUUUGAUCAUGUAGACAAUUUGAAGUCCCUUGGAGAAUGUCUUGACGAAAAUCCGAUUAAUCACUCCACUGCAACGAAUGACCUCAUUUACGUACAGAAUCUUUUCAACCACUUUUUUUUCUUAUAUAAAAACGACAUUUUGCUACAGUAUAUAUCUGAAAGCGAGUUUAACGCAUACGUGUGGACCCCACUGCUUAAGAAUGCAUUCCUAGGAAAGGAUGAUCUGAAGUUAAGUUGCGGAGAAUUGGCGUCAAAUUCGUACGAAAAAUUAAAGGAGAUCCUAGAUAUUGGCGGUCGCAGUGCACCAAAAUUAGAUGGUAAAGGACUCCUAAAAGCAUUGGGCACGGAAAUUCUUGUCCAGGAAGACGGUGUUCUUAAUACUCGUAGUAAGAGGAAAGGCGAUCUCAAAAAGUUGGAGUACUGUUCGAAGGUGAUCCUUACAACCUUGUUUUUUGCGUUACCUUCCGAAGCAAAAGAUUAUAUCACAAAAAUUGAGUCCUACAGUAUUCAGUCAAAUGGGUUUCGCCUCUCGAUCUCCGUAUCAAAAUAUUUAUUUGAAAACACUAUCAUCAUGAUGGAUUUACAAGAUAUAGAAGUGCCGAGAACCGUGGAAGGGUUCUCAAAAUUGAUAAUGGCCGUGAAGGUGAUUCUUUCCUGGAAAGCUCGAACUAGAAAAAAUACCCUGGAAUUCUACAAGGCGCUAAAAAAAGGUCACAAACGUCUGGAGAACGGAAUCAAUUUUUCUCCAAAAAAAAUGAUUAUAUAG